CACGAUGUGUACUAGACAACCGUGAGGUCGAAUUUUGACAAGACCAAUCUCGCAAUACAUUAAUAUCCCAAUGGUAAACUGGGGAUUUUUACUGUCUUGAACAACAGAACACUCUGCAACGUGCAACAAAGAGCAAGUACCCUUUAUAUAAGUAGACUAAAAAAUGGCGUCCACUAUAAAGAUCGCUCUGAUACAAAUGCAAUCCAAGCCCCUCGCGCUGGAACACAACUUUUGCAAAGCAUCCACUCACAUCCGCGCGGCCGCCUCCUCGGGCUGCCAACUGGCCAUCCUGCCAGAAUACCAUCUGACUUCGUGGGUGCCCGACAACCCACGGUUCCUCGCCUCCUGCGCGGCAUCCGCCGCCUAUCUGGAGCGCUACCAGACUCUCGCCCGGGAGCUCAACAUCCACAUAGUCCCAGGCACCAUCUGCGAAGUCCACAGCGCCGACGCGGCGCAGGCCCCGCAACCCACAGAUGCCUCAUCAUCAUCUUCCACCUCCGGGAUCGAAGUCCGCAACAUGGCGUACUUUCUCGAAGGCAGCACGGGGCACGUCCUAGGCGCCUACCAAAAGAAAAACCUCUGGCACACGGAGCGGCCGCACCUGACUCCCUCGGGCGCCUCGAUGCCCCACACUGCCUUUGACGUCCCGUCAACCCUGGUCCCGACCUCGACGCUCCGGGCCGGCUCGCCACCGCUCCGCGUCGGCCUGCUGAUCUGCUGGGACCUCUCGUUCCCCGAGGCGUUCCGGGCGCUCGUGGCCGACGGCGCGGACCUCGUGGUCGUGCCGAGCUGGUGGCUGAUGGACGACGCGGGCGAGGCCGGCCGCAUCAGCCGCGGGCAGAGCGAGCGCUUGUUUUUGGAGAGCGUCCCCGUGGCCAGGGCGUUUGAGAGCUGCGUGGCCGUCGCCUUCUGCAACGCCGGUGGUCUGAGCCAGGUCGCCGUCCCGCUGCUGGGGGCCUUGGGCCGCACGCCGCCGGUGCUGAGGAAUAGCGUCGAGGCCGGGUUGGAGGAGGAGGAGGAUGUGGUCAGCGUUGUGGAUCUCGACCUCGAGGUCUUGAGGGUCGCGGAGGAGACGUAUCUGAUGAGGAAGGAUAUGAAUGGUGAGGGGUGGCAUUAUGCUCCUGGGCGGCCUGGUGGUGAGUGAAUCUGCGUUGUGUGGGUGUUACGCGAGUCAAAGUUGUAUGAGUGCUAUCUAUGUAAGACUG